UCUAACGCCAUUACCGACGAUCAUUUAGCAUUAGCAAUUAGCAAUGUUUUAUGAAUUAAAAUACACAUUCUUAGUAUUCGUUAAUGUAUUGUGUUUGAAUUACAUCAGCUACGGCGCGGCAUAUCCCUGGCAAGCCGACCACGAAGGCUACGAUGCCAGCCUCGAUCCAGUGAUAUGGUCGCGCGCAUUCGUUAAGGAUUACAUACGAAGACCACGGCAAUUUACUGCACUCCCUUCGGCGGUGGAUGAAGCUAAUGAAAUUCAAUUAAUUAAAAGAUUUGAUGAAUUUCAACAGCGUUUCGUCGAUACAAAUCGUGCUGCAAGUGAUAUUUUGCGCGAUGAGUCGCACAGGCGUACAGAAGCGGGUUUGGGCAGACGCAGAUUUGGCGCAGUGCAAGUGGACACUGAUGAUUGGAGCACAGCUACGAUUGCCGAACGCAGGUCAAGCAGCAAAAGAAAAUCUAGCUUAAAUCGCUCGAAAAUACAGCAUAGAAGGAAACGUAAUCACAUACGUUAGACAUAUUUAUGCUUUGUAGAAAUUAGUUGGAUAAGAAAAAAAUUAAAUUAUGUACUGAUAUUAAAUACUUUUAAGCCAUUUAUUAAGACUAUUUAUAUAGAAAUGUGUGUUUGUGCAAUUGUUGUGAAAAUUUGAGAUAAUGAGGCGGGUUGUGCAAUUCAUUUUCGAGUGAAUUUCUACCGAAUUCGCUUUGCAUUCAA